AUGGUUGAGCUUAAGCCCAUUUUCAGAAAGGCCUACUGGUCUUUGGUAGCUGGCGGUCUGAUCUACGUGCUAUUUGUUUGCGCUUUGACUUUCCCGCAGGUUCAACGUUUUUGCCUCUAUGCCAAUAAGAUCAAUCCAACUCUAUGGCAGGAUGUAAACCUUGUCGAGCAAUUUGGGUUCUUAAGAACCCAAGUCCAGCCUUUCAAUCUGGUGACUCCUGAUAACGAAACCAUCUAUGGAUGGCACUUAAUUCCGUUGCAUCUUUGCCGGGAGCAUGAAGAGGUACUGAUGAACAAUGCUGCAACGGGUCCCGUGGAGGACUAUACCAAGACCACUGCAUUUAAACUCCUUGCCAACGACCCCAACGCACGAGUUGUUGUGAAUUUCCAUGGCAAUGCAGCGCAUCUGGGAUCUGCCCAGCGUCCUGCCACGUACAAUACAAUGCUCAGCCUUUCUACUCCUUCCAAUCCAGUUCAUGUCUUUUCCAUUGACUAUCGUGGAUUUGGUGUGAGCACUGGCAGCCCCACAGAAGAAGGUCUCAUCACAGAUGCUGUGUCUCUAAUCAACUUCCUUACGGCCGGUCCAUUGAACAUUCCAACUUCUCGCAUUGUUCUUACAGGCCAGAGUCUUGGAACUGCUGUUACAGCUGCAGUCGCUGAACGCUUUGCAUUUGGAUCUCCUGACCCUCAUGCUAUCCAGCCAGCCAUUAAGAAUGCUGAGCCUUUUGCAGGUGUUGUUCUUCUGGCGUCAUUUGGUCGCUUGACCAGCGUCAUUGAAAAUUACAGCCUGAAGGGUAUCACGCCUCCAAUGUUAUCCCCUCUCAUGGGAUACCCUCGCUUCCAGAGAUGGGUGCUGAGCCAUAUUGCGGACCACUGGGAUACAAUUGGAAGAGUGGCCCGGCUCACUGGCGUCGAGCCAGCAGAGGCGGACGCUUCUGGUGUCAAGUAUACAGACAAAAGUCUCGAUCUCACAAUUGUCCAUGCAAUGGACGAUGUCGAAAUUCCUUGGUAUGAAGGACGUCGUGUUUGGCAAGCUGCCACUGGUGAAAACAUUCCCGGCGCUCCUGGUAACUUGAUAUAUCACAAAUCUGAAAGCAAUGGCCCAAGCGAACUUAAGGUGUGGAAGAGUUCACCUGGCAGUGAAGUUACGAAGACAGUCAGGUGGGAGCGGGUCAGUCACGGCGGUCAUAACCGUGUCGCAUCAUUCUCAGUGGCUGGUCUUGCUGUACUGCGGGCGUUUGAGGGGUAA